UUUGAGAAAGGCUCAUCUUUUGUUUAACAUGAAGCUUAUAUGGAGCACCUUGCUUGCAUUGACCAUUGGAAGAGUGAAGAUGUUGGAAGGUCUGAAUGUCACAUCCCCACAUUGUGUAUUUCCAUUCAAGUAUCUCCAGCGCUUAUAUUACUCUUGCAUACCCAACAGUCGGAUGGAUCAUGCCUAUUGGUGUUCUAAGACUUUGGACUAUGACCUGGAUUUAAAGUGGGAGUUUUGCACCACUUUGGGUGCUGAAGAAAAACCCUUAAUUGCACAGUGUACUUUCCCUUUCAUUUUUGCUAACAAUCACUUCACCUCCUGCACCAAAGAGGGAAGAUCUGAUAACCAAUUGUGGUGCUCAACAACACGAAACUAUAAUAAGGAUGGACAUUGGAUCUUUUGUAAUACACCAGUCACUACCUACACAAGCAAAUUCAAUCUCUCUCUUGUGGUGAUCCUGUGCCUUUCAUUUGCCUUACUGUGUGUCUGCAUUGUUGGAUGCUGCACGAAGUUCCAGUGGAUAGGUGUUAAGAAUCGUCUUUGGUGGUCUUCAAGAAGAGGUGUUUUUGACAAUGGCAAAAGCCCAGAUGGAGGUAAUUCACCUGACUCUUUGUAUGAAAAUAUAGAAGGCAAAAAAUCUAAAACCUUCCUACCAUCUGAAAGGUCCUGGUCAUCUUCCAGUGUUUUCUAUGUUGCAUGAAAAGUGGACUGCUUCAUCUCUCAAAAAGUGGGCGUGAUUCUUCCUUUAAUUUUGUUUAAGAAGUAUUGCAGGCCUGGCAUACUAUGCUUCAUCUUUUUUUUUUUUCUUUUUUUAAAGAUUUAUGUUACC